AUGUGGUUUGUGAGGGUUUGUGAAGGCCUUGUGAAAUUGGUGAAAAAAAUUGGAUUUUUCUUCAUCUUGAAAAGUCUUAAAUAGCAAGGUGAGGUGUAUUUUAUAAUCUUUCAAAAAAAAUGACCACUGUAAAUGAAGUUAAUCUCGAAAAUUUGUGUUGAAUAGACCGGUUAACAUGGUUAAGGCGACUUGUUUUGUAAAUGCAAACAAAUGACUGGUGAGCUGUCGUCGGAAAUGUAAAUUGUCUGAGAAAAUCUGGGCGAAUUUGAAAUAUUGUUUCCCAAAGUAAAUGCUCUGCUUUAUUCAACAAGAAUGUAAGAUUUACAUUUUAGCGUGGCUGAGUAUAAAGUCGACGGUACGCGUGUAAUUCUGUAAUACUUCAGUAGUACAACUGCUUUUAGUGGAGCAAUUCACAUAAUUGGACAGUGCAUCAGUCAGAAACCUGAAAAUCUAUUAUGCAUGCCUUUUCAUUACUGAAAUGUCUUCAGUUUACUGGAAUUGCAGAAAGCUAUGAGAGCAUUGCAUGCAUGAGUAAGAACAAAAUUACUGAUUAUUGAUAUUGAUCUGUCAAUGGCCGUUCAGUUUAUGUGAUAUCUGCAAUCUUUUCUUUUAUUUCAAUAAAUAUUUAUCAAGGAACAUCCAAUUUAGCAGAGCUAGUUUAAAUGGAGCCCCAAAGGACUCAUGGCACAGGAGCCAUGUUGUUUUGUCUCUAGUGGGAGGGGAGGGAGAACUUGCCAAGUUCUGCAUUAUCUUGCUUAUAAUGCAGGGAUAUCUUUGGUUGUCACAGGAGAAUCCUCGUUCCUUGUUGCCUCAUUAGCAUAUGCUAUUUAUUCUCUGACAGAAGUAUAUAACCCUGAAGAGUAUAACUCUGUUCCAAUGCAGGGGUUUUUUGGAGAACUGAUCAAAAUUUUCCUCUUAAUUAAUAAUAUGGAAUUACUGUUAAAAAAAUGGAAUUAUUGAUACACAAGACGGUAGCGCACGUGCUUAAAAAAGCAUUGCAUAGUGAUGUAAACGAAGCGCUACAAAAAGCUCAAAGGGCAAUUACAGUUUUACAGAGUGGAAAUAGAAUCAAUAAUGAUUGUCAAUUCAAAGUUUCUUUUCAGAUCAAACUCCCCACCUGAGCUGAUCCCCCCCCCCACCCCACCUCUUGCUUUGGGAAUAACAUUGAUAAGUGCAUUGAAUUAGCACAUGUACAUGUACUAACCAUUACAGGUCACUGUUUCUGCUAUACUGCGGUGCUCCUAUCCAGAAUAUUAUUGAUCCCAGAAUUCAUUGAAUAGACUUUUGUUACUGUUGGUUUUACUCUGUCAUGAGGCAAAGCACUCAAUCACAGUUUUUUGAGUUCCAGAGUUGAUGAUGCUGACCUACAAAUUUUGGACCAUACUGGGUACAAAAUAUAUAGAAUGUGAUUUCAGAUAAUUUUUGCAAGCUCUAACAUUAACAAUAUAUAUAUAUAUAUUUUUAUCCCUGUCACGUAACCCCUGGUGUCCGUAUAAAGCAGGCAUCCAUAAAGCAGGGUUUGACUGGAUUAUUUUUAUUAUUUUUUUGCUGCAGAGUGAGACCAAAAGUGUAUUUAAUUUGUAAGUAUAAGUACUGUAAAAUUCCGAAAAUAAGCCCCUCCAUGUAUAAGCCGCUCCAAAUAUAAGCCCCUCAAACUUGUAAUGCAAAAAAUCCUCCAUUAAAUCGCCCCAGGUUUAUAUUCGGGGGCCCCCGAACAUGAACCUUUAACGGGAGUUUAUGUUUCAUUUUGUUUCGUUUUUGCCAUUUAAAUGAAGGUUGAUAUUCCGAUCGGGUUAGCUAAAACUUUGCCAAAUUUCCCUCUGAAUAUAAGCCCCUCAAAAAGGGCCUUUGAAAAAUAUAAGCCGCGGGGCUUAUUUUCAGAAUUUUAUGGUAUAUGUUCAGGCCAUUUCAAAGGAUUGUAGAAACAACAGGGUGUGAUCAGGACCAUCAUAGAGCCCUUUGAAUUUGCCUUGCUUAGUAUGUCAUUUAUUUUUGUCUUCUAGCUGAUCAGUGUUUUUUUUUUUUUUUAUCCAGAGAUUAAGUAAAGCCAAAAGUGCCAGCAAUCAUUUUUCUGCUGCUAUAAAAUCUUACAGUUCAAGUAUAUCAAAAUAUCUGUCCCUUGCUUAAAUUUUAUUCUACUAUGGCAGCUGUAGGAGACAACAUCGCUGAUUCUGAAAACAAGACCAACUUGAUCAUCAACUACAUUCCACAAAGUUACAGUGAUGCAGAAUUUAAGGCCCUGUUUCAACAAAUUGGCCCGACCAAAUCCUGUAAGAUUUGCAGACACAAAGCAACUGGAUACAGCUAUGGCUUCGGGUUUGUGGAAUACUUCACCCCUGAACAUGCUCAGUCAGCCAUAGACAAACUCAAUGGCUUUCAAAUAGAAAACAAGUUCAUAAAGGUUGCUUUGUCAAGAAAAGGAGGGGAGAAGAUCAAAGGUGCAAACCUUUAUGUUCGGAAUAUUCCAAAAACGUGGACUGCUGAAGAUCUGAAGGUAUUAUUCACUCCCUAUGGCAAUAUCGUCAACAGCAAGAUCCUGACAGAACCAAUGACCGGUGCAUCAAAGGGUGUUGGCUUUAUUCUUUACGAUUUGAAGUCAGAGGCUGAAGCUGCCAUUGCAGCUGUAAAUAACACUAUGCCUUCUGGAGCAACAGAGAUAAUGUACGUUCGUUUUGCUGAUGACAAUACUUCUAAACUGAAGCCACCACCUGGAGCUGCUCCUAGUAUGCCUCAGCGACCAAGUUUCGAUCUCGGUCCUCAACAGCAGCAAGGGGCAAUUGGACCCAUGGGACAGGCUAUGAUGAAUCGUCGUGCCAACCGAUUCAAUCCCAUGUUCGGAGGAUCCCAGAUUCCUCCCCCAUCUGGGUUUGCCCCAAUGUCGUACUCUGGGGGUGGUGGCAGUGGCGUUACUUUGUUUGUUUACAACAUUGGUACCAAGGCAACUGAAGCUGCAGUUUAUAGACUCUUUGCACCAUAUGGUGAAAUAAAGAAGAUCAAUGUGAUGUGGGAUUGGGAAAGAGGACAGUGCAAAGGAUUUUGCUUUGUUACCAUGGGUACAAUUCAGGAAGCUCAAAAUGCUAUCCAUGCACUAAAUGGCUUUACAUAUGACCAGCAACCUCUGCAAGUAAAGCUGAAAACACCAAAGAUGUGAAAUUCACCUUCCUUUGUGCUAUGUGGUACAGUGCAACACAUUAAUUUCCUAGUUUAAAAAAACACACUGUAUUUAUUAUGUAGUGUUUUUCCUUCCAAUAAUAUUUUUUACCUGUAUAGUUACUGUUUCAGCAAAUGAACAAUAUUUCUGACAUCAUCAAAAUCUGCAUGCCAUGUGGUACAAAAUUUUUGCAGAUAAUCAAUUUUUGGUGUGUUGUGGGAAGAGUGGUUUUUCUCACUGGAGAUUUAAUUUUUGCUAUUUUUUAGAAAGCCACAUUCACGUGGACUGAUAACAUUUUAAUGUUUUAAUUAAGCAAACACCAUUUUUUUGGUAUGUACAGUGGAGUUGAUUUCUGGGAAAAUGUUUGCGGUAUUUUUUUUGUGUGGGAAGUUCUUUUGUAGAUUAUGGGG